AUGGACCAUUUGAAUCAUAGAGGUAUCGCUUUAGUGGAAGACAACAAGAUCGUACCGGAAGCACAAUCAGGCUUUAGACCCAACCGUGGAUGCUUGGACAAUCUGUUUGUCCUUACAACUGUGCUGAAUUGCCGCUUACGACAAAAAAAAAGCUGCGUAAUAUCUCUUCGGGCUUUCGAUUCGGUCAACCACAAGCUCUUGUGGCAGAAGCUCUUUGAAGUAGGUCGUAGUACUAAAAUAGUGCGGCUACUCAGAAACAUCUACAAUUCUGCAACCCUGAAACUUCGGAUUAACAGACUUCUGUCCAAAGACUUCAAGAUCAACGAAGGUGUACUACAAGAAGAACUACUCAGUCCGUUGCUAUUUAUCAUUUUUAUUGCUGAUUUGGAACCAUUUAUGAGGAACAAUGAAUGUGAAGGCGUAAAUAUUGAUGGUUAUACUGACGUGUUACUGCUUCUCUACGCCGAUGACUUGGUGAUUAUGGCCUCAUCGGAAGCUGACCUCCAAAAGAAGACUAACUCAUCAAGAUAUAUUGUACACGGAACCAUCUGCAAGUUAACAUAG